CAUAGCGUAGAAGAAGGGAAAAAAAAAAGAACACUCUGAUCCCCCCAAAGAAAUCUCAUUGACGACGACGAAGACCCAAAGCGAUAUCUGCGCUUCUUGUCCGAUCCUGCUCUUCUUGCUCUCACCAAAACCUAGGGUUUCUCUGUAAUUCCCGUUUCGCGAUCCAAUUCUUCACUGCUCGUUUCCGCUUCAGGUUACUCAUCAAAACUAGUGGAAAGGAAGGGGUUGCGUAUUAGCAAUCAUGAGGUCAUGGGCAGAUUCUGUAGGUAAUGAUGGAGACAAUGCAGACGCUGGUUCGUCUGAAAAUAACAGCUCAUCUCGUCCAUCUGACAAUAGAAGCUCAUCGCGCCCGUCUGACAAUAGCAGCUCAUCUCGUCCUGCACGAUCAACUUAUGUUCCGCCACAUCUUCGUAAUAGGCCUCCGUCUGCUGAUCCUCCGGCUCCUUCACAGACUACCCUGCCACCAGCCAAUGUAGGUUAUAAUGGGCCUGCAGCUGGGUCUGCCUGGGGUGGUGGUGGUGGUUUUAGGUCUGAUGUUGGGCGUGGGGGAUAUGGAGGUGGUGGUGGUGGUGGUGGCGGUGGUCGAGGUGGUGGUGGUUGGAACAAUAGAAGUGGAGGGUGGGACCGUGGGAGGGAACGGGAGGUAAAUCCCUUUGCUGAUGACGAUAACACAGAACAGCCCUUUGAGCAAGAAAACACAGGCAUCAACUUUGAUGCUUAUGAGGAUAUCCCAGUUGAAACUAGUGGAUCUGAUGUCCCGCCAGCUGUGAAUUCUUUUGCAGAGAUAGAUCUAGGGGACGCAUUGAAUUUAAAUAUUAGGAGAUGCAAGUAUGUGAGGCCAACUCCUGUUCAGCGUCAUGCAAUACCGAUCUCUCUUGCAGGACGAGAUUUGAUGGCCUGUGCUCAGACAGGUUCUGGCAAGACAGCUGCUUUCUGCUUUCCAAUUAUUAGUGGGAUCAUGCAGGGGCAGUAUGCUCAGAGACCUCGUGGAGCACGUACUGUGUAUCCUCUUGCUCUUAUUCUCUCCCCUACUAGAGAACUCUCGUGUCAGAUACAUGAAGAAGCUAGAAAGUUUUCUUAUCAAACUGGUGUCAAGGUGGUAGUUGCUUACGGAGGAGCGCCAAUAAACCAACAGUUGAGAGAGCUUGAAAGAGGAGUAGAUAUUCUUGUGGCAACUCCGGGUCGAUUGGUAGAUCUGCUUGAGAGAGCUAGAGUAUCAUUGCAGAUGAUACGAUAUUUGGCUCUUGAUGAGGCAGAUCGGAUGCUGGACAUGGGUUUUGAGCCUCAAAUUAGGAAGAUAGUGGAACAGAUGGACAUGCCUCCACCAGGUUUGAGACAGACCAUGCUAUUCAGUGCAACCUUUCCAAAGGAGAUACAGAGACUGGCGUCGGAUUUUCUGGCAAACUAUAUAUUUUUGGCUGUUGGAAGGGUUGGCUCAAGUACUGAUUUAAUUGUUCAAAGAGUUGAAUUUGUUCAUGAAUCUGAUAAGAGAAGUCAUCUCAUGGACCUCCUUCACGCACAAAGGGAAAAUGGAACUCAUGGCAAGCAAGCUUUGACAUUAGUUUUUGUGGAGACAAAGAAGGGAGCAGAUGCACUGGAACACUGGUUGUGUAUUAAUGGGUUUCCGGCAACUACCAUUCAUGGUGACAGAACACAACAGGAAAGAGAACAGGCACUGAGAUCAUUUAAGAGUGGACAUACACCAAUUUUAGUGGCAACAGAUGUGGCUGCACGUGGUCUGGACAUUCCCCAUGUAGCUCACGUGGUAAAUUUUGAUCUUCCAAAUGACAUUGAUGAUUAUGUUCACCGGAUAGGUCGGACAGGGCGAGCUGGAAAAUCAGGACUUGCAACAGCAUUCUUUAAUGAGAACAACCUUUCGAUGGCAAAACCACUAGCUGAUCUAAUGCAAGAAGCAAAUCAGGAAGUACCUGCUUGGAUUACUCGAUACGCAUCGAGGGCUUCUUAUGGUGGUGGUAGAAACCGGCGAUCUGGGGGAGGCCGUUUUGGUGGCCGUGACUUCAGAAGGGAGAAUUCUUUCAACAGGGGUUCAGAUUUUUAUGGAGGGGGAAAUAAUGGCGGUGGAUAUGGUGGCGGCGGCUAUGGCGGCGGCGGCUAUGGCGGUGGUACUGGUCCUAGUGCUUGGGACUAGUGUUCCCAUCAUAUACUGGACUUGUUCCUGUUCUUUUUUCAAUUGAGUAUAUAGAAUAUUAUUUUUCUUCAAAUUAAUGGAUUAUAUAUUUUGCUUGUUCUC